AAUGUCCGCCGACUGUUUGCUCUGGUCAGCGAGUGCAGUAAGCACCGAGAACUUGUUGAGGAAGUACUCACACAGAUUGCUGACCACUCUGUGGUAACUGGUCUGGCAGGCGGGAGUUCGGAGCUGGCUGUGGUUCUACUGUAUGAGUACCUGCUAGGGCACAAGUUUGGAAGGGAUGUGGGGUUGAGGAAAAUGGUUCAAGGAUACAAGGAUGAGAUCGCGGGUGCCGUGGGGAAAGUUUUGCUGAAACAUCAGGCGAAGACACUACAGGACAUCGCUCGGAAAGUUACAGAGAAAACUUUGAUAC